CCUUCACAGCGGCGGUAACUCCUUCCUCCCUCAGCGCAACAUCACAUCACUGCUGCAGAAAACUCCUCGGAGGCAAAGACGAUGGGAUUUUAAAAGUGAAGACUUUCACCAUGAAGACUGACUUGUAGCUCCAUCUCUCCUGUUGUGUUUGUGGCGCGUGUCGCUCUCCGUGGGACAAGUUCACACCUUUGCACUGGAUGCUGAGAUGAGCAGAAAGUGACAUCUCUUCUGAAAGUCCUCAACGAGUUAUACAACGCCAUGAAAGACGACUUUGCAGACGAGGAGGAAGUACAGUCUUUUGGAUACAAGAGGUUCGGGAUCCAGGAGGGCACCCAGUGCACCAAGUGUAAGAAUGAGUGGGCGCUGAAGGCCUCCAUAGCUCUGCUCUAUGUGCUGUGUACUCUCCUCACCAUCGCCGUUGCUGUGCUGGGAUAUAAAGUGGUGCAGAGAGUUGACAGUGUGUCUGAAGGUAUCGCAAACUAUGGAGGAAAGAUAAUUGCUGUGGAGACUGACCUGAAAAAGCUAGAUGAUCAAGCGGGGGAGAAGUCGGAGAAUACCACCACAGAGAUCCAGGCUUUCAAGAACAACAUCUGGACUCUCCAGAGGCAGCUGUCUGCGGUGGAGGAACGCAUCCACGGCGAUCAAGCUAAGCUGAGUCAGCUGGAGAAUAUUGGCUCAGACAUCCAGAGCAACCAGGGCUCCGUUCAGGGGCUGCUGGAUAGCAACACUGCCACCUUGCACUCUGUAAAUAGCACCCUGCAGUCCUAUGGCAGCAUCAUCGGGGGUCUGCAGGAGGACACAGCCAGGCUGCAGCGAGAGCUCCAGCAGCAGGUGAAGCUUAAGGAUGAGGCACUGCUCAGCAUCAGCAGCCUCAACUUCACCCAGGCCCAGCAGAGAGGCCUCAUCGCCGUCCUGCAGCGCUCAGUAGACGACACAAGCCAGGCCAUCCAGAAGAUGCGCAAUGACUUUCAGAGCCUCGAGCAGACGGCCCGACAGACGCGCUCUGAUACCGAGUGGCUUCGUGGUAAGGUGGAGAACCUGCAGGCUAUGGCCAGUAAUGCCUCCACUCUUGCAAAGGCCAACAAUGACAGCCUGGAGGAAGUGGGAUCACAGCUCACCCUCAUGUCCAACGAGCUCCAGAACAUCAGCAGCCUGGCUGACGCUCAUGACCAGACCCUGAGGGAGAUUCUGGACCAGCAGAGGGACUUCAGAAACCUCACAUCCACCAAGUUUGACCGGCUGGAGGUGCGGCUUGAUGAGUCCGAGCAGAGAAUGGAUCGCGUAACUGGCAACAUGAGCUUCACCACACAGCUCCUGGGCGGUAUCAACCUCAGGCUGAACGAUUUACGCACUUGCUCUGAGACCGUCGGCCGUCACUCGGAUUUCUUGCUGAACCUCAACAGCAGCAUGACAGAUAUGAGUACGGAUGCAGCCAGCCUGAGGUCCCAGCAGGAGGAGCUGGCUGCCCGUUUGGACAAGGAGGUCAACAAUCUCUCGAUUGUCAUGGAGGAGAUGAAGCUGGUGGACACCAAGCACUCACAGCUAAUAACCAACUUCACUAUUUUAAAGGGUCCUCCUGGUCCCAGGGGAUCCAAAGGGGACAAAGGACCUCAGGGGCCACCUGGUCAGCCUGGCCAGAAAGGAGAGAAAGGUGAAAAGGGUCCUCCAGGGCUACAAGGAACCCGAGGAGAACAGGGCUACCCAGGACAACCUGGCCUACCAGGUUUAAAAGGUCUGCCAGGCGUACCUGGCAGCCCCGGAUCCAAAGGCUCCCGAGGGUCAGGAGGGAGGGCUGGGCCUCCGGGAGCUAAAGGAGAGCCAGGUACUGCUGGUUUGCCUGGAAGAGAUGGACAGCCUGGUCCUCAGGGGGCACAGGGCCCACCGGGUAUCAGAGGUGCAAUGGGACCAGCUGGGGAGCAGGGACCAAGGGGACUGCCAGGACCAGUGGGGCCUCCGGGGCCAGCGGGACCACCUGGGCAGCCAGGGCAUCCAAUCAGAGGUCCAUCAAUUCCUUUAGGCCCUGUGUCUCUGCAGGAUGAGGCAGCAGCUCCCACACUAUGGGCCCCAGGAUGUCCUCAUGACUGGGUAAACUACAGAGACAAGUGCUACUUCUUCUCCAAAGACCUGCACAGUUUUGAUGACGCGAGGGCAACCUGUGAAUCAACGUCCGCCUCAUUGUUGAUCAUCAAUGAUAUGGAGGAACAGAAAUGGCUGAAGAAGCAGACCUUUGGAAAGGGUUACUUCUGGAUGGGUCUGACAGACAGGGAGGAGGAGGAUGUUUGGCGCUGGCUGGACGGGACGGAACCUGCUUUCACGAAGUGGAAGCCCGGUCAACCUGACAACUGGGGCCACGGGCAUGAAAUUGGAGAGGACUGUGCUGGUCUCAUCCAUGAAGGAUUGUGGAAUGAUUUCUUCUGUGAAGACCUCAUAAGCUACAUUUGUGAGAAGGAAAUGGAGACCUCGAGACUGCCCGGAUCGUAGCGAUGUCUUGAAAGGGAGCUUGCAGUGAGCAGCUAGACUUCCCCCAUGUGGCCCCCGGUCCAGUGACGCAGCGCAUGGAGAGUCCGUAUGGAGAGAGCAAAGGGACAAAUUUUUUUAAAUGAGCCCAGGGCUGCAGCAGCAAAGGAUGCCUUACUCCUCCAAAGUGAAUCCAGUCCAACUUUACCAGCAAGUGCAAUACAGCAGGGCAAUCAAAGAAAGGAGGACUGUUAUUUUUUAAAGUACCAAACCACCAAUUGAUUUAUAUAUAUAUAUAUAUAUAAAUAUUUUUAUGGUUUUUUGAAAUGCAUUUUAUAAAACUGUAGUCCAUGUGCAACUGAUUAUCUGAAUGUAUAUUUCAUUAUGCAAGUUUUGUAGGAAAUUCUGAAGUCUAUGAAGCCAAGUGGACUUACCUUAGUGCUUUAUUUAGUUUUCUUAAAAUAGAAAAGGUGCAAAAUGAUGCGCAAAAAACUAAAAGUCGCUGAUAUGCUAUCCUUGAGGAGCCUGCUAUCUAACCUCAUGAAUGUCUUUAUAGCAUUUUCAUUUAAACAAGUAGAAACAAAUGAAGUAUUUACACAUGAAUACAGGAAAAUGUCACAGUCAGCUUGAGUUCAAGACUGCAAGUUUACGGUUUAAUACUCUUUGUAUGAUACAGUAUUUUGUGAUUAUGAGAUUUAUUUUUCACUAUUACAGGCGUACAUAUAUGUUUAUUAUGAAUCUGUGGAUCCUACCUACGAAUAUAAAAUGUGCCAUUUUCUGCACUCAGGUACUGUUUCCUGUUAUAGAUAAACGCUUGAGUUUAAACAACACUACGAAAGAUGAAGGAAACGCUCACAAAUAAAAAUGUAAAACCCA